GACUAUUUGAACAUAAGUGUCUGUAUACCCUGAGAUUCCCACGCUGGCAGCCUUUGAGAAGCGAGAAGGAAGAGGACUCUAUUCUGCCCCUUGAACCCUUUUCUAUCCUAUAUGAGAUGGCUCCUUAGAGAUGGUGGAGGAGAGCAGAAUGUAGCUAGUGUGUUCCGGAGAUGAGUGGCAUCGGAGGUCACAGCCAAGGCUGGUAACUCUUAGCCCCACCCACCUUUUGUUCCUUCCCCUUGGCGCUCAGCCUCACCUAUUUCAAACUCUUUCCUUGUUUUGUACUAGUCGCUCGCAAUCUUUGGCCUUCUCGUUUUGGCCGUCUCAUCUUUCUCGCAGCCUACGGCACCUGGAGACCAAAUCAACCCCCAAUCUUGCAACCCUCCAGGGACUCAGGCAGAAACUGGGCAUGCUCAGCGGCACGGGCAGCUUUCAGUCUUUCCGAGGCGCGGCUCAGCGCUGGGCAGGGACCCGCGUGCCAAUUCAGUUCGGGCUUCGGCACCCACCUCUGCUGAACCCAGGGAUCCGAGCUGCACCCUGAGGCUAAUUCUGCACCCUUAGGUGGUUCAUUCUCAAUCUUCAACCUGCUGAGCGCCAACAGAGCCUACAAAUAUUCCUCAUUAAGAAACUGUUUUCCCACCUGUGUUUUCCUUGCAGCUAAGGGUGCUUUAGCUACUGCGGCGUGAGGAGCUCAGGGACGGAGCUCUGUGGCUGGUGGCCGUAGAGAUCACCUUCCCAGAGUAGCUGUUUGUCACGGAGUUUUAGAGAUUUCUUGGCUGGCUUCCGCUAAAGCACGCUUGAGUAAUCCGAGCUGUGGCGGCGCCCAAGCUACCAGGAUAAAGGGAGCGUGUGUGUGUGUGUGUGUGUGUGUGUGUGUGUGUGUUAGGGGGAGAGGGCGGGGAUAGAAACGUCAACCCCCCCGACCCCCAGCCUCCUUUUCUCUCUCUCCUUCCUGCAAAAGCAGCACAAGUCUUCCAACCCCCCUCAGCCAUUCCUCACUGCUCUGGGCAACCGCCAGGUUAAGCCCAUUUGCACUGGGAAAUUGGCGCUGUUUGGGAGAAGAGAAACAGAUCGAUUGCCCUUGUGACUCCCCGCCCCCUUCCCACCCCACCCCCACCGCUCCCUCUCUCCUUCCCUCCCCCGCCACCUCCCCUCACCCCGCCUCCUUUCCGUUCCCCACCCCCAAACCCUCUCACCCGCGGCAGUCCGGUGCGAGGCCCCUCCGGAAGGUGAGGGGAAUGGAUUGGACUCCGGUGGGGAAAGCGGGUGUCUAGAAGUGGUGCUAAUGGGAAGAGAAUUCUGGUUUCAAAAGAGGAUGCUCUGCCACAAAGAGCGGCUCGCGCGCUGGCCUGGGCUCUAGCCGAGGAGAGAUCCCGGGAGAACUCCAGAGCUCCGGGGGAGCGCUCCUCGGAAGACUGGGGCCAACAUGCCUGUGCGCAGGGGGCAUGUGGCACCACAAAAUACAUUUCUGGGGACCAUCAUUCGGAAAUUUGAAGGGCAAAAUAAAAAAUUUAUCAUUGCAAAUGCCAGAGUGCAGAACUGUGCCAUCAUUUAUUGCAACGAUGGGUUCUGUGAGAUGACUGGCUUCUCCAGGCCAGAUGUCAUGCAAAAGCCAUGCACCUGCGACUUUCUCCAUGGACCCGAGACCAAGAGGCAUGAUAUUGCCCAAAUUGCCCAGGCAUUGCUGGGAUCAGAAGAGAGGAAAGUGGAGGUCACCUACUAUCACAAAAAUGGGUCCACUUUUAUUUGUAACACUCACAUAAUUCCAGUGAAAAACCAAGAGGGCGUGGCUAUGAUGUUCAUCAUUAAUUUUGAAUAUGUGACGGAUGAAAAUGCUGCCACCCCAGAGAGGGUAAACCCAAUAUUACCAAUCAAAACUGUAAACCGGAAAUUUUUCGGGUUCAAGUUCCCUGGUCUGCGAGUUCUCACUUACAGAAAGCAGUCCUUACCACAAGAAGACCCCGAUGUGGUAGUCAUCGAUUCAUCUAAACACAGCGAUGAUUCGGUAGCCAUGAAGCACUUUAAGUCUCCUACAAAAGAAAGCUGCAGCCCUUCUGAAGCAGAUGACACAAAAGCUUUGAUACAGCCCAGCAAAUGUUCUCCCUUGGUGAAUAUAUCCGGACCUCUUGACCAUUCCUCUCCCAAAAGACAAUGGGACCGACUCUACCCUGACAUGCUGCAGUCAAGUUCCCAGCUGUCCCAUUCCAGAUCAAGGGAAAGCUUAUGUAGUAUACGGAGAGCAUCUUCAGUUCAUGAUAUAGAAGGAUUCAGCGUCCAUCCCAAGAACAUAUUUAGAGACCGACAUGCCAGCGAAGACAAUGGUCGCAAUGUCAAAGUUUCACGUUCCUGGAUGGCAGGGGGGCCUUUUAAUCAUAUCAAGUCAAGCCUCCUGGGAUCCACAUCAGAUUCAAACCUCAACAAAUACAGCACCAUUAACAAGAUUCCACAGCUCACUCUGAAUUUUUCAGAGGUCAAAACUGAGAAAAAGAAUUCAUCUCCUCCUUCUUCAGACAAAACCAUUAUUGCACCCAAGGUUAAAGAUCGAACGCACAAUGUGACAGAGAAAGUGACCCAGGUUCUCUCUUUAGGAGCAGAUGUCCUACCUGAAUACAAACUGCAGACGCCACGCAUCAACAAGUUUACGAUAUUGCACUACAGCCCUUUCAAGGCAGUCUGGGACUGGCUUAUCCUGCUGUUGGUCAUAUACACUGCUAUAUUUACUCCCUACUCUGCAGCCUUCCUCCUCAAUGACAGAGAAGAACAGAAAAGACGAGAAUGUGGCUAUUCUUGUAGCCCUUUGAAUGUGGUAGACUUGAUUGUGGAUAUUAUGUUUAUCAUAGAUAUUUUAAUAAACUUCAGAACAACAUAUGUAAAUCAGAAUGAAGAAGUGGUAAGUGAUCCCGCCAAAAUAGCAAUACACUACUUCAAAGGCUGGUUCCUGAUUGACAUGGUUGCAGCAAUUCCUUUUGACUUGCUGAUUUUUGGAUCAGGUUCUGAUGAGACAACAACAUUAAUUGGUCUUUUGAAGACUGCCCGGCUCCUCCGUCUUGUGCGCGUGGCCAGGAAACUGGAUCGAUAUUCAGAAUACGGCGCUGCUGUUCUAAUGCUCUUAAUGUGCAUCUUUGCCCUGAUUGCUCACUGGCUGGCUUGCAUUUGGUAUGCGAUUGGGAAUGUAGAAAGGCCUUAUCUGACUGACAAAAUCGGAUGGUUGGAUUCCUUAGGACAACAAAUUGGGAAACGUUACAAUGACAGUGACUCAAGUUCUGGACCAUCCAUUAAAGACAAAUACGUCACAGCACUUUAUUUUACCUUCAGCAGUUUAACCAGUGUAGGAUUCGGGAAUGUGUCUCCUAACACGAAUUCGGAGAAAAUCUUUUCAAUUUGUGUCAUGUUGAUUGGCUCACUAAUGUAUGCAAGCAUUUUUGGGAAUGUAUCUGCAAUUAUCCAAAGACUAUACUCGGGAACUGCCAGGUACCACAUGCAGAUGCUGCGAGUAAAAGAAUUCAUUCGCUUUCAUCAAAUCCCCAACCCUCUGAGGCAACGUCUUGAAGAAUAUUUCCAGCACGCAUGGACUUACACCAAUGGCAUUGACAUGAACAUGGUCCUAAAGGGCUUCCCAGAAUGCUUACAAGCAGACAUUUGUCUACAUCUCAACCAGACCUUGCUGCAAAACUGCAAAGCCUUUCGGGGGGCAAGUAAAGGUUGCCUUAGAGCUUUGGCAAUGAAGUUCAAGACCACCCAUGCACCUCCAGGAGACACCCUCGUUCACUGUGGGGACGUCCUCACUGCACUUUAUUUCUUAUCCAGAGGCUCCAUUGAAAUUCUUAAAGAUGACAUUGUGGUGGCUAUUCUGGGAAAAAAUGAUAUAUUUGGAGAAAUGGUUCAUCUUUAUGCUAAACCUGGAAAGUCUAAUGCAGAUGUAAGAGCACUCACAUACUGUGACUUGCAUAAGAUUCAGCGAGAAGACUUGUUAGAGGUUUUGGAUAUGUAUCCUGAGUUUUCCGAUCACUUUCUAACAAACCUAGAGUUGACUUUCAACCUAAGGCAUGAGAGUGCAAAGGCUGAUCUCCUACGAUCACAAUCCAUGAAUGAUUCGGAAGGAGACAACUGUAAACUACGAAGAAAAUUGUCAUUUGAAAGUGAAGGAGAGAAAGAAAACAGUACAAAUGAUCCUGAAGACUCUGCAGAUACCAUAAGACAUUAUCAGAGUUCCAGGAGACACUUUGAAGAGAAAAAAAGCAGAUCGUCAUCUUUCAUCUCCUCCAUUGAUGAUGAACAAAAGCCGCUCUUCUCAGGAAUAGUAGAUUCUUCUCCAGGAAUAGGGAAAGCAUCUGGGCUCGAUUUUGAAGAAACAGUGCCCACCUCAGGAAGAAUGCACAUAGAUAAAAGAAGUCACUCUUGCAAAGACAUCACUGACAUGCGAAGCUGGGAACGAGAAAAUGCACAUCCCCAGCCUGAAGACUCCAGUCCGUCCGCACUUCAGCGAGCUGCCUGGGGUAUCUCUGAAACCGAAAGUGACCUCACCUACGGGGAAGUGGAACAAAGAUUAGAUCUGCUCCAGGAACAACUUAACAGGCUUGAAUCCCAAAUGACCACUGACAUCCAGACCAUUCUACAGUUGCUGCAGAAACAAACCACUGUGGUCCCCCCAGCCUACAGUAUGGUAACAGCAGGAGCAGAAUAUCAGAGACCCAUCAUCCGGCUGAUGAGAACCAGUCAACCGGCAGCAUCCAUCAAAACUGAUCGAAGUUUCAGCCCUUCCUCACAAUGUCCUGAAUUUCUAGACCUUGAAAAAUCUAAACUUAAAUCCAAAGAAUCCCUUUCAAGUGGGGUGCAUCUGAACACAGCUUCAGAAGACAACUUGACUUCACUUUUAAAACAAGACAGUGAUCUGUCUUUAGAGCUUCACCUGCGGCAAAGAAAAACUUACCUUCAUCCAAUUAGGCAUCCUUCUUUGCCAGAUUCAUCCCUAAGCACUGUAGGAAUCUUGGGUCUUCAUAGGCAUGUUUCUGAUCCUGGUCUUCCAGGGAAAUAAUCAUUUUGUACUAUUUACUCCACAUACAAUGUAAGUGCUUUUAAUGGCUGUUUUCCUUUUUCUAUUUAAAUCCUCUCUACUUGACUCAGGGGCUAACAAGGUACCAUUAUAUGCAAAAGUACUGUAUAUUUUCCUAAAUUGAAGCUUGUAAGGUAAAAUUGAGCAGUUAGGAUGUAAAUAUACGUAAGAACUUUUGGUUCCAAAUGUUAAAACUGCCAGCAUCUCACGGCACCUUAUUUUUUAUUUUUAUUUUUUAAAUCACAUGCAUGUUAGGAAACUCCAAUUUCUCUUGCAUGGAGACUCCUAUUUACUGCUUUUACUAAACCAGUACUUUGUUAUGAAAAUGCCUUCCAUGCAAAUAAGAAACCAAGGGAUAAAACUGUUCAUGGAUGCAACUCAGAUUCAGAUGAUCCUCAACUCAUGGGAAUUCCAGGGGGAUAAAGGAAACUUAGUCACUUUUACAAACAGAUUCAGGUCCUUCUGUAUCAAGAUGUUUAAAGUUAAUUACAUUCAUUCCUCCACACUGGAAGAAAAAAUACAAAAUUUGAAUUAUAAACCUCUGACAGUAUAGGAAGCCAUCUCCAAAAACUAAAUGUAGGGCAACAUUAAUGAGAACAAAGGUCUUUCUAUUUAAAAUUAUAUCACUAAUUGCAUUUACAAACCAUCUAAAG